GUUCACGCCCUCACCUGCGCCCUGAUGCUGCUCAACACCGACCUGCACGGCCAGAAUUUGGGUUUUUUCCCCGUUUUUGGCCGGCCCUGCCGCCCGCAGCGCCUGGGCCGGGCCAUGAGCAGCUCCGAGUUCGUGACCAACCUGAGCGGGAUGAUGGACGGCCAGGACUUCCCCCGGGAGCAGCUCAAGGCUCUGUACGGCUCCAUCCGAAGCCGGAAACUGGAGUGGGCAACGGACGACGAGGACGAGCCCGGAGCCGAUUCCCAAAAGCCCAAAAAAGCCCCGAAAUUCCCAAAUCCCGAAAUUCCCCCGGAGUUUCUGGGGGGCUCCGGCCCCGCCCGCAGGGGGGUCCUGGCCAGGAAGGUCCUGGCAGAGAGCGACGGCAAAAAGGCUCCCUGGGGCCGGCGGGGCUGGAAGCGUUUCCGGGCCGAGCUGCGGGGGUCGCUGCUGCUGCUGCAGAGGGACCCCCCCGAGGGCCCCCAGGAGGUUUUGGGGCUGCCCCACGCCCUGGCCCGGCCCCACCCCAAAUACAGCAAGCGCCCCAACGUGUUCCUGCUGCGCGCCGCCGACCGGCGCGAGUUCCUCUGCCAGGCCCAGAGCCCCCUGGAGCUGUCCCAGUGGGUGUUCGGGAUCAACGUGGCCGCCGCCCUCUGCUCGUCGCCGCCGUUCCCCGCGGCCGUCGGCUCCCGGCGCCGCUUCGUGAGACCCAUCCUGCCCUCGGCGCCCAGCCGCUGCCCCCCGGAGCAGCAGCUGUGCCAGCUGCGCCGCUGGCUGGGGACGGUGACGUGCCAGCUCCUGGAGCACCAGCGGCUCCUGCCCGAGGGACGGGGACGGGAGCAGGAGGAGCACCGGGCACACGGGGACUUCCUGAGGGACGAGCGCCAGCGCUGCCUCACCUACGUGCAGGCGCUGGGGACGUGGCUGCGCGGGGACAGCGGGGACAGCGCCACCCUUGGGGACAGCCAGGAGCUCGGGGACAUCCCCGAGCGCCCCCUUGGGGACAGCCCGGAGUGUCCCCACGUCCCCGCGCCGCUCACCAAGUGCCACUCGAGCCCCUCGCUGGCCCCGGAGCCGCCCCUGGGCCGCGUGCGGCGCCACAUCUCGGAGCGCAGGGCCACCCGUGUCACCGUCCCCAAGCGCCACCGGGACCGCCCGUGACUGUCCCCAGGGCCACCGGGAGUGUCCCCAGGGCCACUGGAACUGUCCCCAGGGUCACCGGGACUGUCCCCAGGGUCACCAGGACUGUCCCCAGGGCCAUCGGGACUGUCCCCAGGGUCACUGGGACUGUCCCCAGGGUCACUGCCACAUCUCGGAGCGCAGGGCCACCCGUGUCACCGUCCCCAAGCGCCACCGGGACCGCCCGUGACUGUCCCCAGGGCCACUGGGACUGUCCCCAGGGUCACUGCCACAUCUCGGAGCGCAGGGCCACCCGUCUCACCAUCCCCAAGCGCCACCGGGACCGCCCGUGACUGUCCCCAGGGCCACCGGGAGUGUCCCCAGGGCCACUGGAACUGUCCCCAGGGUCACCGGGACUGUCCCCACGGCCACCAGGACUGUCCCCAGGGCCACCAGGACUGUCCCCAGGAUCACCGGGACUGUCCCCAGGGCCACCAGGACUGUCCCCAGGGUCACCAGGACUGUCCCCAGGGCCACUGGGACUGUCCCCAGGGUCACCGGGACUGUCCCCAGGGUCACCAGGACUGUCCCCAGGGCCAUCGGGACUGUCCCCAGGGUCACUGGGACUGUCCCCAGGGUCACUGCCACAUCUCGGAGCGCAGGGCCACCCGUGUCACCGUCCCCAAGCGUCACCGGGACCGCCCGUGACAGACCUGGAUUGUCCCCCAGGAUUGUCCCCAAGUGCCACCCGGACCGGCUGUGACACCCCCGUGGGGACCCUGCCACCAAGUGCCACCCCAGGGACAAAGGACGCUCCCAAUGUCCCCUCCCCCAGUGUCCCCAUUGCUGUCCCCAAUGUCCCCUCCCCUCCGGUACGAGGCUUUUGGGGGGUCCCGCUCUGAGCCCCCCCCCCGGGAUUGGGAACAACUCAGGGAAAUCCCAACAAUCCCAAAAACCCCGUUCCCAAAAUUCCCAAAUUCCCAUAAAUCCCAAUCCCAAAAAUCCCCAAAUUCUUAAAAUCCCAUUCCCAAAAAUCCCCAAAUUCUUAAAAUCCCAUUCCCAAAAAUCCCAUUCCCAAAAAUCCCCAAAAAAUCCCAUUCCCAAAGGAAUUUGGGGGGAAUUUUGGGAUUUUGGGGGAGGAUUUGGGAUUCCCCCGCUGCGGCUGUGCAAUAAAGGUUCAGAAUUCUGGAA